AUAAAAUUCAAUGGAACUUUUGGUGAUACUUCCAUAUAUCGUGGCAGUCCGUCCCCAGAAAUCGACGCCGCUUGGGAUAAGAUAUCUCUCGAUGCACGCCCACUUCGUAUGACACUUGAGCAACUGCUCAGAACAGGGGAGAAACCUUCUCCUUCGAUGGUUAGGUAUCCGGAUGAAUACGGCGGAGGCUACAUGGCUUCGGUAGAAGUCAUCCACCAGCUCCAUUGCGUGGACAUGCUUCGAAGAGGCAGCUGGGAUGACGAUUACUAUCAUCAUGGGAACACGCACGAAUCCCCUGAGGAAUUCCGCAUGCAUCUUGACCACUGCAUUGAAAUGCUGAGACAGAUCACUAUGUGUCGCGGUGAUGUGACCAUGAUAACCAACGAUUGGAUGGAGGGAUCCAAUAGUCCAUUCGCUAAUUUCAACGUUCCUCACAAAUGCAGAAACUUCGAGAAGAUCUUGGAUUGGGUUGAUGAGCAUCGUGUUUCUAUCCCUACAUCCAAGAUAGUCCGCCUGGACGGCAACAUUGACUUGCCUUCUCCUCCUUAA